AUGGAUUUUGUUGAUCAGGAUGUGUGGGAGCCUCAUGGAGAUCCUGCUGCACAAAGUGAUCAAUCAAAUGUCUCCAUGGCGAGUAAUGGCAGUGACCGAAUGCCAUCCCCUGAACAGCCACCUGCUGACUUCAAGACUGAGUUCCAUCCCCACAGCAAUACCCCAUCGCUUUUCCAGUUGCAAGAAGAAUUUGGUCAGCAUGCUACUGCUACGAUGGCCCCCAAUCCACACCCAUGGCACCCAUUUAUCGAGGAGGGCGACUACUUGUUUGCUGAAAUAGCGUUGCAAGCAGGCCUCAAUGCAUUGCAGAUCAAUGGGCUGCUUUCCCUCAUUUCAUGCAUCAUCCAAGGAAAGGCAAAUGUUACCUUGCAGAAUGAUGUUGACCUUCAACAUGCAUGGGACAGGGCAGCCAUGCAGGUGACACCAGUACAUUCUUUCUCUUCAUACACUGUGAGCUUCUGUGCAUUCAUCCACAAGCUUCUACUCUAG